GUUUUUAUCAACAUAUUCGGCUAAUGUGUUGAUAAUUAUUCCUGACAUGAAGGUGAAAAUGAUUUAAUAGCUAAUAUGGAUAUUUCAAAGGGUGUACAACGAAUCUUUCAACUUGCAUUGCUCCUACUCGUUUGCAUUGCCUUCGUGUUAGCUGCAUCAAAAGGCAGCUCUAAAGGGAGAAAAGGACCUGCCUUAUAUUCCCGUGACCUGGAGACAGCACUGAGGAACACCCUCUUCACUAACUACUCUAAACUCCAGAGACCUACCGAGAGAGUUGAUGUCACUGUGUGGUUUACUCUCCUCACUAUCAAUGAUAUGAACAUCAAGGACCAAACUCUAUCCCUAUCAGGAUAUUUUAAUUUGCUUUGGAGAGAUGAUCGACUUAGUUGGUUCGGUAUGUCUGACUACGUCAAUGUCCGGAACCUCUUUGCCACACAGCAAGAACUAUGGCGACCGACACUGGUAGUCGACAAUUCAAUCACCGACCUAUCCGUGAUCAGCAAUAACGACAUACCGAUGCGGAUACUGAAACAAGGACUUAUCUACUGGAGACCGGCUGAUAUAUACGUCGUAGCCUGUGAAUCGGACAUCACGUACUACCCAAUGGAUACACAGUCGUGUAUUAUCUCCCUGUCGUCCUGGGCAUACACAAGCUACGAGGUGGCACUUCGAAUGUCUAUACGACAGGUGAUCACCGAUUUUUAUUCGAAGAAUGGUGAAUGGGAGAUGAUAAGCGCCUCUGGAGACAAGACAGCGGCAUCAAAGUCUAGAGGAGGUAUAUAUUUCUCAAAUCUCAAAUUCACCAUCGUUCUCAGACGGAGACCGCUGUUCCACAUCCUCAAUACAUUAUUUCCGGUUGUGCUAAUGGCUUUUCUAAGCGCGAUGGUGUUUAAGCUACCGGCAGACUCCGGCGAAAAGAUUGGGUUCGCGUUGACUGUUCUUCUGGCCUAUACUGUUUACCUGACUCUGAUAUCGGAAAACAUCCCCAGCACUUCAGUGACCGUCUCGUACCUCUCUGUCUUCCUGUCCAUAACGCUGAGUCUUGGGACCCUGGCAGUGCUUUGUACUAUCCUUGUGCUGUGUAUGCAUUACCGUGACGCAGCAGGCCAUCCUCUUCCUGCCUACGUCCGCUCUUUGACCAUUUGUCUGAUGAGGUUGACAUGUUGGGGUGGAUGCGGAAGAUGUGGGUGCCGCUGUAGAAACAAACGACGUGUGGCUCCUGAGAAAAACCUCGUUAUCAACGUUGUUGGACUGGAAAACCUGAAAAAGAAAAUAUCAGAGAAGAAUGUUGUUGAGGAAAGUGAGGAAAGCGUUUGUGGAGAAGAUCAUGAUAUUACAUGGAUUACUGUGGCCAAGGUGUUGGAUGGGUUUUUCUUCAUCUUCUUCACUGGAUUGAUUCUUGCUGCAUCUAGUGUGUUCUUCAGUUUUAUGGUGGUAGAAUAUAUGAAAAUCCAAUCAGAGGAAAAUCUUUCUAUCUAACUAUUUGGAUAACUUACGGUCUUUGCCGCUUGAGCUGCUCUACAUUUGUGUCUUUUUACGACGUACUUCGAAUGUCAUUUAGUUGAAAUUGUACAUAUAUCAUAUACAUCGUGCAAGUCUCCAUACUCCUGCCGCGCUAUGUGCUAUCCAUAAAUCGUCUAACAAUUACAGACCUUUCUUGAAUUACACGUCUAUAAGUUUCUUAAAGUGGAUCAUUGACGCGUCUUAAACCAGAAUGGAUACCGUUUCAAACAUAAGACAAAACUUGACUCUUUGAUUAUAGCAGUAUUUGAAGUGUUUUGGAUACAGCAUAUACGGUCAAUGAUUUAUACCGUCAGAAAAUAUCGCAUUUGCCACGGGAGUAAAAUAAACUGUAGUUUCAUGAUAAAAACAAAAGUGCCAAAACAUAAUAUUUAACACUUUAAGUGACUAAUAACCUGAUAAACUUUCUGGGAUGGAGUUAUAUAUAUUCUUACCCUAAUGGACAUGAGAUGAGUGGUUUUAAAGUCUUUAUCGGAUGGACGUCAGACAUGGAUAUAAAAAAUAAAGGAAAAUUAUUCUAAAUAUGAAAUACAUUUGUAAAUAUGAAAGAGAGUGAGUAACACUUAUAGGGUACCGUUGUGUACUACGUCCUUUGAAGAUUUCAUUCAUCGUCGAAAAACGACGAGACCCUGCACGUUCGAUUGACAGAAUAGUCAAUUUAGUCUCGUAGGAUUCUGAUGACGAUUUCAUGUAAAUGGCUUGGUAGCUCUCAAUUCCUUUUCAAAUAUAAUUAAGCUCUGAAAUUUUCCAUGAAUUCGAAUGAAUUCUACGUAUUGUGAAUGGUCAGGCAAAAAAUAUUACAUGUGAAUAGCCUGAAGUUAUUCCUUGAGUUGCUUCCCUUUGUGCAUUAUCUCUCAAAUCACAUCAAUUAUAAGUACUGUGAUUGUCCAGAAAUGCUACAUGAAGAUAUAUCCUGUUAGUUUUGGAAUAACGUCUUUUUUUGUAUUUUUAUCAUAUAGGCAUUGAUCAUGAAUAUUAUAUAACAUUACUUUAAAUAUUGUAUUAUACAUACGCUAACUUCCUGAGAGUUUUCAUAAUCAACAAAACAAGUUUUGUCAAAGUGUCCGGGCUAAUUUCCAUAUCGUGAUGCACUGUAUGUAGCUACAUUUUACACAACGAUAUAUUGUUUCUGCUAAAAUAACAAUUGGCAAUGUUACACUCUUUCAUUAAUGAAGAAACCUUAUCAUAAAUAAUCAGACAUGCAGAAAUUUGAUAUCAAAGAAUAUAUCACUUGAACAGUGUAACGUAUAACCCAAACUAAGGUGCAAGUCCCAGUUUGGGAGGGGGCUUGGGACGAGAACUUGAUCAGCAAAAUGAACUUG